AUGGGCGAACUGGUUAACAAAAAUACAUGCACCAUGAAAUCCUCAACACAAACACAAAAAAACAAAGCGAAAGGGGACAGCCAGGAGAAACUUGGAUCGCAGCUUAAAAGAGAGCUGCAGAUCCAACUGCAGAGGUUGACUGAAAGUGAAGCCAACAUCUCUGAUGAGAAGAAAGACCCCGCAGGCGACCAACCAUCGACGAGGUUCCGCAACAAGCCCGGACCGUCCAGCUCGAAACCGAAAGAACUGGAAAAAAGAGAAGACCAUCUGCACCUGUACGGGACAGAUACCGAAAUGGACGAGGAGACAGUCGUCGCGAACUCAGAGAGUGAGUACUCCUCGGAUGACGAAGUCGCGCCUCCCUCACGGAAGCGAAAGCGUGGGAAACCACCAGUGACUGGUGACCAUCUCAGGGCCUCAAAGAAAAAGGCACAUGAGCGGGAGAUCAGAAGACUCCGAGCGGAACAAAAGGCUCUAAGGGAAAUGCUGAAUAGGAGAGAGGGAACUCCCGAGAGAGAGCUAAGAAUCCAGUACUCCAGCAUGACCCCGGAAAUGAUAGCUGCGGAAAUGCUGGAGAAAUUGGAAGCAGUCGAGAGGGUAGCCCGCAGAUCAAAAAACUUGAAGGGCACCUUCGUCAAAGGGCUACUCCAGGCGGCGAAUGCCCUAAGAGCAGCGGUGACAAUCCUUGCCUCCAAAGGCUCGAACUCCAACACUGGAGUCGAAACGACGGAGGUAAGGUUAUUAAGAGAGGAGAAGAAUCGGCUGGAGAGAGAAGUGGCGGAAUUAAAGAAGGAGAGAGAAGAGAGAGUCACGAGAGCCACAGGGAUGACUAUGGGGGUUUGCGAAGAAGAGGGGGAGGAAAUGGACUUAACGGUUGACGAAAUCUCGACUCCUCCUCCUCCCCAAACGGCCAUCCAGACCCCCUCCUAUAUAAGAAAGGAGGUACACGAGCGUGGGAGAAAAGAUGGAGCUCUCCGGCCGUUGCUUCAGGGUAAAAGGAAAGCCUUGGAGGCUAAAACUGGCGAAGCCAAGGCGGGGGUGAAACGUGUGAUGGAGGGAAUCUCCAUCACUGCUGUCACCGAGGGGGAGGACCCUACUGUGGUUAGAAAAAGGCUGCGAGAUGUAAUACUGAGGUGUCAGGGGGCAAUGGCCAGUCUCCCUGACACCCAGCGAGAAGAUAACAGAGAGGAGAGUGCGGCAAACCAACGCACUUCAGCCACUGCUUCCUCCAAGACGGCUUUGGCUCUGGCUGCGAGUAAACGGGAAAGGAGCGCGAGAAGAGAAGACCCAGUGGCCGAGAGAAACAAGUCGAAAGGGGGCAAAGGGAAACCACAGCCCCAGAACAAGACCGCAGCUCAAGAGGAGGAAAAGGGCAAGAAAGGGCAAGGAGGACAAUCCCAGCCCAAACCCCCUCAACAAAAAGAGAGUCUAGACGAGAAGGCUCAAAAGAGGAACCAGGAGAAAAAGCAGCAGGGAGCGGAACCCCCAAGGAGUACCAAGGGGACAUAUGCCGACGCUGCCAAGAAAUCCCAGGCCAGGAAGCAAGUGGGCCCUGGCGCUGCAGCUUCCCAGCCAACUCGGAAAAAUCCAGUGGAGGCAGGAAAGGGAGGCGGCGCGAGCCAACUGGUAAAGGCCCAAGUCGGGUCGAGCAAGGGAGCCCAACGGCCGCAACAACAACAGCGACGCAGGGCCCCGAAGACGGAAGCGAUCAUCCUCACUUUCCCCCCCGGACAAUACGCCCAAGGGAUGAGGGAGGUGAGGGAAAAAUUAAACCUGGAGACACUCG